AUGAACAAUGAAAACAUAGAAUCAAUGGAUAUUGAGCCUCCACCACCACCACCUUCACCACCACUUACAACAAUAACAUCAUCAUCAUCGUCAUUAUCAUUAUCUUCAUCAUCAUCAAACUUUAACAAAGAAGAAUUAAAACUUUGGGUUGGUAGUUUACCAGAUGAAGUAACAGAGUUAGAAUUAAGAGAAUUCUUUUCAAAAUAUUCAAUUAACGAAAUUAAAUUAACAGAGAAUUCAAGUAUACAAAAACAAAAUGCAUUUGUAACAUUUUUCGAUAAAGAAUCAGCAAAUAGAGCACGUGAAGAAUUAUCUCAACAAUUAUUUAAAAAUCAAAGAUUAAAAAUCAAUUGGGCAAGUGUAAAACCACAAAAAUAUUCUGAUAUGCCUGUAAUAACAACAACAACAACGCCAACACCAACAACACCACCAUUAACAGCAACAGCAAUAGCAAUACCAACAACAACAUUUGAGUCAUUAUGGUACGGGUAUUCAUCAUCAUUAUACUCAUCCACAACCACCACAAACAUUUUCAACUGGUUAUCAUUCAGUUUAUUAUGUUUACCACCACCACCACCACCACCACCACCACAAAUGACAACAACAUCAACAACAACUGUUGUAUCAACACCACCACCACCUCAUACACAUCCACAUACACAUACACAUCCACACCCACACCCACAUCCUCAUUCAUACCCUUACACUCAUCAACAUCAUCCUCCCCCUCCUAUUCCUAUGCCCAUUCCUAUUCCUCUUCAUCACCAUCCACAUCAUCCACAUCAUCCUCAUCACCCUUCACCACCACCACCACCACCACCGCCACAUUCAUCACUUCAUCAUCAUAGUAGUCAUCAUAGUAAUCAUCAUCCAAAAAUAAUAAGUGAUAAUGAUCCAUAUGUAAAUAAAAAAUUAUUUUUGGGAUCACUUGGUGAUGAACCUGAAGAAGAAGUGCGUUAUAGGUUUAGUAGAUUUGGUGAGAUCGAUUGUUUCGAUUUAACAAGUAAAGGUGUCGCAUUUGUUCGUUAUUUAAAGACUGAGAGUGCAAUUAUUGCAAAAAGAGAAUUGGGAUAUAGAUAUAAGAUACAAUACGAUAAAAGAGAACCAAGAGAUCAUUAUCAUUUCGAUCCAAAUGGACCAUCUUCGUUCAUUAGUGGUGGUGCUAGUCAAUAUUAUGGUCCUGAUUAUUAUUCUAAACAACAACAACAACCACAACAACAACCACAACAACCACCACUUUCAUCUUCGACUUCGUCAUCAUUGUCAUCAUCUUCUUCACAUCCAACACCACCACAACCAUUACCAUUACCAUUACCACCAUUACCACCAACGUCAUCAUCUUCCUUAUCUACAUUUUAUAAUGAACCUUUAUCAACAGAGGAAUAUAAUCAAUUUUUAUUAUUUUUAGAAAAAUUACAACCAACUAGAUCAUUAAUUAAAGAAUCAAAAGAUUGGUUUAUUUUACAUUUAAAGAGUGGUAAACCAAUAAUUCAAUUAAUGAGCAAAUAUAUUAAUAAUCAAUUAACAUUGACAACCGUUCAAAAUAAGAUUGAAAUCAUCUAUUUAAUCAAUGAUAUUCUUUAUUUUGGUGCAUCAAGAAGGGGAAGUGAACAAAGUGAUCAAAUCUCUGAUUUAUUUGAACCAUUUCUACCAAUUAUUAUUACUUCUUUCUCUAAAGAACCAAUUCAAGUUCAACAAAAAUUAUUUCAUGUAUUGGAUAUUUGGGAUUCAAGAUAUUUUUAUCCUUAUAAAGUUAUUCAACAUUUUAAAAAUUUAUUAAAUAAAUAA